GAGAGAGGUAACCAGGCAACUUCAGCUGGAGCAGCGGAGAGAAAGAACAGGGUAAAGGGGAAAAGAAGCGCAAAAAUCCCAUCAGUUUUGGUGUGCGAUAGAAAGGAUGUAGUCCAGGUCUGUGGCUGUCAGUCCCCGGCAUGGGAAAGUGGAUUACUGCUCUUCUACAGACGGUACAGACUGGAUACGGAGUGAUUGCGCGUGGAUUUUUAUCAUGAGAAGUAUGGGAUCUGAACGCACCAGUUUAAAGCCCUUGCUGGGAGUGAAUGAGAUGCCGUGUCGAGGCUAGAGGCAGCGGUGGACUGUUCCCGAGUCAGUGGAAAGCCCCUCUAGAUGAGCCAGUCACAGCCACCCAGCUGCACGGUAAAGGAAUAAGGAUUUAAUAUGUCAACAGAGGCCGAGCUCCAGCCUGCUGCCAGACCCAGCGUCAGAAAGGAUUCCAAGAAGAGAGGGCAGGACCGCAGUGAAGCAGCUCUGAUAAAGCGUUUUAAGGGGGAUGGUGUUCGCUACAAGGCCAAGCUCAUCGGGAUAGAUGAGGUCACUGCCGCAAGAGGAGACAAACUCUGUCAGGACUCAAUGAUGAAACUCAAGGGAAUCGCAGCCUCUGCGCGGUCUAAAGGAGAACACAAACAGAAAGUUUUUCUCACUGUGUCCUUUGGAGGGAUCAAGAUCUUCGAUGAGAAGUCGGGGGUUCUUCAGCACCACCAUGCAGUUCAUGAGAUUUCCUACAUUGCGAAGGAUAUCACAGACCACCGAGCCUUUGGUUACGUAUGUGGGAAAGAGGGAAACCAUCGGUUUGUGGCCAUCAAAACGGCUCAGUCUGCUGAGCCUGUGAUCCUUGACCUCCGUGACCUUUUCCAGCUGAUUUAUGAGAUUAAGCAGAGGGAGGAAAUCGAGAAGAAAGCUCAGAAGGACAAGCAGUGCGAACAAGCUGUUUAUCAGACCAUUCUGGAGGAAGACGUGGAGGAUCCCGUAUAUCAGUACAUUGUAUUUGAGGCGGGACACGAGCCCAUCCGUGACCAAUCAGAGGAGAGCAUAUAUCAGGUCCCUACCAGCCAACAAAAGGAGGGAGUUUAUGACGUCCCAAAGCGACAUCCAAACAAACAUAACGAACAAGUCGAUCUCUUGGAUCUAGACACUGACCUGUUGCUGGUCACCCAGAAUAUCAACCAGUUAGAGCUUUUUGGAGACAUGUCCACCCCUCCUGAUAUCACAUCCCCAUCGACCCCAGCAUCUCCAGCUAAUACUCUGGACCCCACGCUGGCCCACCAGACCCCAUCCGAACUGUUCACCCCCUUCAACCCCGCCUCUGUACCCUCAGGUUACGUGACGAUGGGAGCCGUGCCACCUGCGUGGGCGCAGCAACAGUUUGCCGCUCAGGCUCCAUUAGCGUUUGGCGUCCAAUCCCCAGUCCCCGUCGCGCAGGUCUUACCGGGUGCCCAGCCUCUGAUCUGGGGCCAAGCCAACCUUUUCCCUGCCACCCAGCAACAGUGGGCCGCGAUGGCAGGGGCUCACUUUUCGCCUGCCGCUUUCAUGCCUGCCCAGACAGUAGGGCCGCUUCCUGCUGCCAUGUUUCAGACACUGGCUCCCAUGGCGGUGCCCACGUCCUGCGAGACGCCCGCGGCAGCCAUGGGCGGAGCCGUGGCGGGAACCUCGGCCUCCACGGCCUCCAGUCCGCAGCACGGAGAACGUACGCUGCAGAGACAGGCAAAGAUGAGCAAGGAGAUGUUUAAGGACUUCCAGAUGGCAAAGCCGCCUACCAUGCCUGCCAGGAAGAGUGAGCAGCCUAGCCUGUCCUGCACCACAGACGCUUUCUCCAGCUACUUCAGCAGAGUGGGAAUGGCGCAGGACACGGACGACUGCGACGACUUCGAUAUCUCGCAGAUGAACCUCACGCCUGUCACAUCCACCACGCCAUCCACCAACUCACCACCCACCCCGGCCCCCCGGCAGAGUUCUCCAUCAAAGUCCUCAUCCCACGCCAGUGACCCGCCCACCGAUGACUCUUUUGGUGAGGCCGAGGGCAGCCCUAGUCGGAGCGGAGAGGAGGAUGCUGCUGGAGACUCCCAGCAGUCUCCGGGUGCGAGUGAGCCUCAAGCAGAGCCUGAGAGCUCAGAGACGGACAGUCCUCAGGGGAAGGACCCUCUUUAUGCCCAGAUCAACAAGGGGAAAGUGAAGGAUCAUGGGAACUCUGCACAGACGUGAUCAGCGCUGGGGGGAGCAGGAGACCAAAAUACUGGAGAUCAACUGUCUGCCCUGUGUGUGUGUGUGUAUGUGUGUGUGUGUGAGUGAAUGUGCAUCCAUCCGUGUGUGUGUGUUUGUAUGAACGCGGUCACUCCAGCCUCAACGGUCCACUUCUCCAAGCAGCCAUCUCUCUAGAGUCAGUCCCGGCCCCCCCCUCACGACUUCCUCCGUUACUCCCCAGCGCAAGGAAACGAGAGGGACAGACUCUCCCCAUACCACUUUGUUUCUUUCUCACUGUGUUUUCUGCACAUGACAGCGGGGCAUUUUGGGUGAUUUCAAGCCUUAUGAGCCCAGCUCUGCAGCUUCAUUCAUUCUCUUCGUCCUACUUCCAGUUUCUGACUCUCUAUAGAGACCGCAUUACGGGAAACUCUGGCCUGUCGGACCCCCGAUCACGCAUCCGACCGGGCGCCUGAGCGCCAUCAGACCUCCGGAUCCAUCUGUGACUUAUACAAUCCAUCCGUUUGGGUUAGUUUGGUUUUUCCUCUCCCACGUAUUUGAGAUUCUGCUGCUAGAAAGCUAUGCAGAGCUAAAAAACAACACACUUUCUCUGUCCGUGGACCCUUCGGAUAGAGAACAACAGACACGAGGAGCGACUUUUGCCAAAUCUGACGAUUUCGGAGCAGCUGAAUCUGAUUGGGGGACUCGAGGGUACGAACAUUGCAAAAACAUGCGAUCGAACUGUUCCUUCUCUAUAGCUUUUGUACAAUACUAAUGAGAAAAACAAAAAAACAAAAACAUGACGUUGAAAUGGAAUUUUUAUUUUAUAAGUCAAGUGGAGCCCUUGAAGUCAACUUUAGAUGUGUUUUAGGGGUAAACAUGGCUUUAAAAUCUGAUCGUUGGUUUGCCAAACUCAUUUUGUAAAUAAUAAUAAUAAUUAUUAUUAUUGAUAAUAAUAAUGACGAUGAUGACAACGAAUAAUAAUGACGAUAAUAACAAUGGUUCCGAUUAUAACAGUGUUCAUUUCAUCCUGUGGACUUCCGUGCCAUAAAAUAGGCUGGCCUUAGUGAUGCAAACUCCUCAUGAAACCCAAGCAAUAUUAAUUCAUGUGUCCCAAACUCCCAACGGUUUACGUUGCUUUCUCACAAUCAAAGCUUGUCGUCGGUCUUUUGAUUUCAGCAGGAUGUGUUUUUAAGUGGCCUGAAACAAACCCAAGAGACUGUUAUUAUCUCUUUAAUGGCUUAAAGGAUAAAUAGUCGGUGUCAUAUUUGUGUGAUCUCUUUUGGUUUGUUGUCAAGAUGAAGCUGGUAACUGUGAUGGAGGAAGACCAGAGCUUCUCAACGUGUAUGUUACUUCAGCAAUCACAAAUAGGCAUGUACACAUAUACAUACAUAUUCAUGCAGACACACUCAUGGAGACCUUAAAGUCAAUAUGACAUCAAAACGGGCCAUGUUUAUGUUUUUAAUACACCUUUCUGCACAUUUAUCAGUGCAUGUUAGUCCAAAGAAAAAGUGUUAAGCUUUCAUUUUGAUUAAUUAGAUUUGAAAAAUCUAGCUCCAGUCAAACAUAUAACGCCCACUUUUAACAAUUCACUCAAUGUGGGGAAAGCCACGAAAAAAUAACUCAUUCUACGGAGCCACUAAAGAAACACUGUUAGCUGCUUGCUAGCAGUAGCAUGUUACAUUACAGCAUAAACAAUUCACUUACCACAUAAACGGAGUAAGGAGAGAUGACUGAUAGGAUGAUGACGAAUGAUUUGUAGAUUCUGAGCACCGCUGACAAACAUCUUAUUUUGUAAAAUGUGGUAAAUACUGUCGCUCCAUAGUAUAAACAUAGUACGUUCAAAGGCGAUCUCAGUGCCGCAAGUUAGAUACAGUAUAAUUACCCAACGAUAUAAUUGCGAGAGAAUGUAUCCUGUUAGCAUUUAUUCCCUUUAGAGGUUCCGUAGGACACGUCAUUUCCUUUCCGUACACUAUAUUCGGAUUCAGCGGGUUGCGGUAGGGACAGUUGGGAGAGGAAUUACAAUGCUGGCUAAAUAUAGUGAUGUCUGUCAGUCAUCGCCCUUACGAAAAUGAACCAUGGUUUAUUAUAGUAAAAGUGUAUUAAUCAUGUUUUUUGGCAGAUUGAUUACAAUUUGUAUAACCAUAGUUUUACUACAAAUACCAUGGUUAAACUAUGGAUAGUGUAGCAAGACCAUUGUUAAUUUGUGGUUGCCAUUGUUUAACUGUAGAACCCAUGUUUUUGUGGUUUUAUUUGUAGUAAAACCAUGGUUCAUUUUCGUAAGGGUGUCGAUGGACAAUGCCCAACCCUACACUCUAAAAACAAAUGCUAGGUUAAAAACAACCCAACUUGGGUUAUUUAGCAAACCAGCACUGGUUAAAUAUUGGACAGAACACAUGCUGGGUUAUUUUGACUGAUUGGGUUAAAUGUUUUUAACAAACAUGCUGAGUUAUUUUAUUUAGGUCAAGUAUUGUUUAAUAAUUAUUAUAUUGCUGGCUUAAAAUAGACUGGAACUUAAACACAUACAGAAUUAUUAGAGGUAACAGCAAUAAUCAAAAGAUGAACAUUUAUUAAGCUAGAACACAUGGACAAAAUACAAGACAAAUUUAAUUUAUUUGGGUGAAUACAGCAUAGUUUGCAAUAUUAUAUUUAAACUCGUAAAGCAUUUUAGACAUUAAAAAUAUAACAUUUAAAAGUAGCAUUUUAAUUUUAGUGUAUUUAACCAUUUUCUGCAAUUGCUUUUUACCAAAAUAGUGCUAAUUCUUAUGCCGAUAUGUCACCGAAAUUAGAGCCAGCUGUUCGCUAGGUGUAACUGCCUCACGUUUCACUCGUAGCUGAAAGAUGCCGUGACUGACUUCAAAACUUGCCCAUAAACAAACAGUACUGACAUUAGAGAACAUAUUUUAACAUCAAAUUAAAUCCAACUUGGUACUAUAACGAAUAAAAUCCAUUUAGUUUAUUCAGGCAAAAGGUGUUUCCAUCAUGCGAAGUGACCGCUGCUGACUGACAUCUCGUCGUUAUGUUGCGUUGCAUAAAAUAAUACAAUUUACAGCACAGUAAAGACAUUAUAAAUGAAAUAAAAUGUAUACAAACCUUUAUUUCACUGAAGAAGUGCACCAAAUCGGCGGCCCUGAGAACUGCUCUCUCCUGUAGAGGACUCAAAAAGCCCACACUCUGACUGUAACUCAGCAGCUGGGUUGUUUCAUCAGAGACAGGCUUAACCCAGCGGUUUGGGUAGAAAAAAUAACCCAGCGUUAAAAAUGACCCAGCACCUAAUUAAAAAAUAUUAAAAACAACCAAAUAAAAUGACCCAACAGGCUGAACCCAGCAUUUUUUAGAGUGUAGUCACAAUAAGACUAAAACUGGUUGCAAAGGCCAUUUCGUGUUGACUUUAGGGCUGUGUGAUUGCAUUAAAACACACCAGAAUAUCUGUCUGAAAUUCAGCCACCAAUCAGAAAAAAUCACCAUGAAUGGCAUCUGUUUUUAUUGCAUCUGAAAAGCUCAGAGCAUUCCAUUACUGUGACGACAACUUCCUCCUAUUUUAUGGCCAGAGUCCCAUUUUAAUUUCAAAUAAAAGCAGACCUUCAAGAUCUAAAUUUUGAGGAUUAAGACGAUGAGGGUGGAAAUCGAAGCGAAUGGGAGUCCUUACAAUUUCAGUAUGUUUCUAUUUUGCCUUUACCUCAGCUAAUGGUUUGGUAAUGUAAAAGGACACAUUAUUUUUAUCUUGAUGAUAAUGACAUUCUACAGUGGAUUUUUAGAGCAUUUUUUUUUUUCUUUUCUCUUGAUUUACGUAACCCACCAUGUAAUACUGUUACCAAUAAACACAUCCCAAAAUGUU